AUGUCUGGUUGUCCUACCUUAGGCGUGGACUGCAGCUUCAACAUCGUUAUGGCAAACUCGGCGAUAGCUGUAGUCUGCGCCCUAUCUCGGGGCCAAACAGCCUCGCCGAUCGCCAUCGCCCUCAUCCAUGCCGAAUCAAUCUCCUCUGUUGAACAUUGUCUGCAUAAGCUGAGAGAAGCAGGUCGCAUUAUGGAGCUGCCGAACUGCGAACCUGAAGAGGUGGUCAUGGAUGGAUCGUCUAGUAUCUACGGUGCUUGUAUCUCGGUUUACGGCGGUUUCUCUGCCAUCAGCUGCUACUUUCAUGUGAUGAAGCUUGCACGGGAGGCGAAGACCAAAGCCGAUCUACCUAAAAGUUUAUGGUUGGAGAUGAAAAAGGAUUUGGCCCUUCUCAAUGAUUCAGUAUCCCGAACCAAAUGGGAGAAGUUGGCAGAGCUACUUGUCAAGAAAUGGAAAGAAGAUAAGGGAUAG